GCGCUACAGUGGAAACAAGCUGCUCGCUGGCUGCACCGCUCGCGUGUCAACACCGGGGAAAUAGACCGACUCAGCGGACACAGCAACCGGCGACCCCCGCCCCAUAGCCCCGCAGAGGAACCGGGACAUGUCCCCCCACUGACCGGGCUAGGGUUAGGGUCGGCGGACUGACACAACACACGGCUAGCUAGCUGGGUGCUAACCGCUAGCACGCCUAGCUUGCCAGGAGCACAUAGCAACUGCGGCUUGCUAACGUCACCGCCACCGGGACCACCACCGGGACACCGGGACCCCGGGACCCCGGUCGUGUUCACCGCCGCUAUGUUCGUCCAGGAGGAGAAGAUCUUCGCCGGGAAGGUGCUGAAGAUCCACAUCUGCACCAUGGACGGCGCGGAGUGGCUGGAGGAGGUGACGGAGGACACCACCGUGGACAAGCUGAAGGAGAAGUGCUUGAAACAUUAUGUACACGGAAGUCUAGAAGACCCCAAAACGCUGACCCACCACAAACUUAUUCAUGCUGCUACAGAAAGAGUUCUCACAGACACUAAAACAGUCGCUGAUGAAAAUCUCAAAGAUAGAGACGUUUUGCUGCUCAUAAAGAAAAGACCCCCACCGACUGCUCCAAAGAUGGCAGAAGUUAGUUCAGAUGAAAAGAAGAAACAAGAUAACAAAGCUCCAGACAAAGAUGCUAUUCUUAAAGCCACCGGCAACCUCUCCACCCGCCACACUGACCGCACUGUUACCCAGCACAAUAUCAGAGACUUUCAGACAGAGCUCAGAAAAAUCUUGGUUUCUCUCAUUGAAGUCGCCCAGAAGCUUCUUGCCUUGAACCCUGAUGCUGUGGAACUCUUCAAAAAGGCAAAUGCGAUGUUGGAUGAAGAUGAAGAGGAUCGGGUGGAUGAGACGGCGCUUCAGCAGCUCACUGAGAUGGGUUUCCCUGAGAGCAGGGCCAUCAAAUCUCUCAGACUAAAUCACAUGUCAGUGACCCAGGCCAUGGAGUGGCUGAUUGAACAUGUAGACGACCCCUCUAUAGACACGCCACUACCAGCCCAGGACUCUUCUGGGUCGGCAGGAGCCACUGCAGGAGCCACUGCAGGAGCCACUGCAGGAGCCACUGCAGGAGCCACUGCAGGAGCCACUGCAGGAGCCACGGCAGGAGCCACGGCAGCUGCCACAACAGGAGCCACGGCAGCUGGCACAACAGGCCCCUCAGCCGCUGCCGCAGCCUCACUCUCCACGCUAGUCUCUGCAUCAGCCCUUGCGUCAGUGGCCGCCUCCGCUUCAGCUUGUGGUCCCAACCUUCUCCGCAGCCUCUCCAGCCAGUCGAGCACAGAGGAGAGUGGCAGGCAGGACGAGCUCACAGAGAUUUUCAAGAGGAUCCGCAGGAAACGGGAGUUCAGACCGGACUCAAGAGCUGUCAUUGCAUUGAUGGAGAUGGGCUUUGAUGAGAAGGAGGUGGUUGAUGCUCUGAGAGUCAAUAACAACCAACAGGAUGCUGCGUGCGAGUGGCUACUGGGAGACAGGAAACCUUCUCCAGAGGAUCUAGACAAAGGCAUCGACACCAACAGCCCACUGUUCCAAGCCAUCCUGGAGAAUCCAGUGGUCCAGCUGGGUCUAACCAAUCCCAAGACUCUGCUCGCGUUUGAAGACAUGCUGGAGAAUCCUCUCAACAGCACCCAGUGGAUGAACGACCCUGAGACUGGGCCCGUCAUGCUCCAAAUAUCCAGAAUCUUCCAAACACUCAAUCGCACAUAGAGCCUUUUGGUGACCCCUUUGUGUGACUGUGGCAGCUUGUGUGUGUGUGUGUUUGACCAUAUUGGGAUACGUGUGUGUGUGUGUGGAAGUGCGUGUAUCUCAGUAGAGACACAUGUAUUGUUUUUUUGCCUUGAUAAACAAAAAGCUAGAGGAGUCAGAGUAUGAAUAAAAAUGUUAUAUAUAUAUAAAUAUAACUAUUUAUAACAGUACAGUAAAAACAUAUACAAACAAAUGUUAACAUUGAAUUAUUAUUACUGUAAUAAUAAAAGAAUUGAGAUUUACUAUGUUUUUACAUUUUAAUGAGAACAAUUUAUAAUUAAGACAGACAUGAUUUAUUUUAUAUAAUUUCUCCUUGUGCAAAAUGACAUCAGAAAUCAAUUUGUUUACAGUUCAAAGAAAAUUUGUUUUUUUUUGUGUAUGUUCUGCAAUAUUUAAAUAUCAAUUUACAGUUUUGUCUGUCCGUUUUAAAUUGUUACAUUUCAUCAGAGGGGAAUGUUUGGAAGAAUUUUAUGUCACUGUCAAGUUUUGUUUUAUCUCCCCCUUCUUUGUCUUGCUCUCAUCGAAAGAACUGCUUCUGUUCGAGAGGCUGAUUGUCAGGCUGCAGCGUUACCUCUCUCCGUUCACUGCAGGUCGACUGUGUAAAGAGAACAUUCGUCCUCGGAGCUUCUUCGAGAAUAUUUAUUUGACUUUCUGGCCUUUUAGAGGAAAGCUGUUCACUAAACUGUCCGUGUCUUAGUCAUGUUUUUACAAGAAAACGAAAUAUAUAUAUAAUAGGCUUGUGUGUUUUAUUGUCGAUGUGCUCUUGAAUGUCAUGUUAUCAUGUUGCGUUCAUCCAGCACCUGUUGACGUCUGUGAAUAUCACUACAGCACCGAGAAGUUACAGAAGCGGAUUUUUUGUGUGUGUUAUGUCUCAAAAGGCUGUAGUGGGAUGCUGAAUGAAACUAAACCUUAUCAAAGGGGGUUUGUCUUUUUAAUCUUUAAUCCGAAUUUUGAGGAUUGCACGCUCACACCGGAGAAGCAAGCGUCUACGGCAAGCAACCAAUGUCGGGUCUUCUGGUUUAUUGGGUUUUCCUUUUCUCUCUUGAGAGCAAUGAACAUUUAUGCUGUCAAACCAAACCGUCACUAUAUAACCUGCCUUGGCAUUAGAUGUAUCCUUUGAAAAUACCCCAAUAUUUCUGUGCAAUAGCGAGGACUCAUGUUGACCUGUAAAGAAAUAUAUUUGAUUUUAAGGGAGUGUGCACUGCAAUGAGGCGUGUGUUAUACAAUAUAAGCCUUUUUGCAUCACGCACUUAAAAUCCACAGCUACAUGGAGGUGAACUUGGCUUCUCCGCACUGUACAGGGGAGUUAAAAAAAACAGUAUGGAGGACGGUGUAUUUUGCCAAGGUUUUGAGUGUUUUUAUUCUAUAUUUAAAAUGUGUUGUUGAUGUGACUUUCUGCUCAGGGAGGCUGAGAUUGUUUUUCUAAACCUGUCGUUACGGAUAACCUCUGCUCACCCCCCUCCCCCCUUCUCGUUUGACAUCUGACAAUGGCUUUAACUAAUCCGCCGAGAACUUUGCUUAUGAAUGAGAGCACCACAGAAAAAUGGUUUUGUAAAUGCAAUAUUUGAAAGAUAUUUAAGUGUUGUCGAGAGAAGUGUUUGUUUAAACUGUGUAUUAUUACAUUGUUUAUAUCUGAGCCAAACCAGUUCCUUCCUUUUUGUCUUUAUAAUAUUUUUUAGCAAAACCUCGAAGGUAAUUUACAAAUGUGAACAAAUUAAAUCAUUCAAAUUUUGUUUUUACAAACCAUUAUAAAACUCACAGGUCACAGUGUGAUUUCAAGCUGUGUUUGAAUGGAGGGUGAUGUCCAGACAAGUCUCUGGAAGCAUACAAAUAAUAAUGGAGUUUUCAUUUACAGCCCUUCUUUUUCAAGAGCGUGGUCUUUCUGUCUGAGAGCAGAACUUAUUGGCACAUUUAAAUGUUGUGAUACUUUCAAUCAAAACCCUCAGAUUGCUCCUGCUGGUGUUCAGAUCUGCUCUUGUCUUGCCUUUGUGUUGGUUGUGUUAGCUUCACUGCUUUGAGAGUCCCGUACAGGGCGUUUACCUAAACCACAAUGAGGGUGGGAUUAUUUCAAGUGCAUGAAAUCCACCCAAGCCACAAAAUAUCUGAGUGCAAGCACAAAGUUUGAGUUCUAGUACAGCAGGUAUAAUCCUAGCAGGGGUUAUUUGAGUGUGAGCGCAGGGUUUUGACUGCAAGCUUUACAAAAUUUGAUCAUGAAAUCAAUCAGUCCAGCUCUCAAACUGAAAAAAGCACGCUCUUGAAUAAACACAGGGAUUAAAAAAAACAUAAUGUCUCUCUUGAAAUAAACCCUGGGAGAUUGCACGAGUUUUAUAAAAAACGCAGGCGUCAACAGGAACAGAAAAGAACGAAAUUUGGUUGAACUACUUAUUGGAUCAGUGAAGAGUGGUCGGAGUUACAGGUUAUUGUUUUCACUCAGCUUUCAUGCAGGACUGUCCCAGAUCAACAACCUAUGCAAUAUACUCUCACAGUCUGUUCAUUCAAACAGCCGCGUGGCUACUGGCGUCCCAAACACUAUCGCAUUAAAGUUAU